AUGGGUGAGUUGGUCAGACUCUCGCGUGGAAAGCCUACAAACACCCUCGACGAAUUUCUCGCAAGGCCACCUUCUUCCAAGACUCACAUCACCCACCUAAAGCCCUUUGCGCUCGAGAUGGUUGGUCCAGUGCUCUACGAGGCCACGGUGCCAUAUUUCCGCAAGGCGCUUGAGAAUCAGGUCAAGCUUCUGAAGAAAGGGCAAGAAUGGUGCCAGGAGACUGGGCGCGAUGCCGCGACUCUCUCCAGCGCUCGCCUGGUGGACGACAUGUUUCCUCUCCCGUUCCAUGUGACGUUCUGCACCUUCAACGUCGUUCAAUUCCUCGUCGACGUGGGCGUCACCACCGCCGCGCCCGAGGCCAUCGUCACCGACGACCGCCUCUCGCUGGACGAGCUCAUGGCGAGGGUGGAGCGGACGCUCACGGUGCUGGACGGCGUGGAGGCUGGCAAGCUCGCGGCGAAGGAGGAGGAUGCGGUCAAGAUCAAUCUGGGCAAUUUUUCCGUCGAGAGACCUGCGCUGCAGUAUGCGCAGCAAAUCGCCGGACCGAGCUUCUGGUUUCACCACACCAUGGUGUAUAGCAUAUUGCGAGUAGCUGGUGUGCCGCUGGAGAAAAGAUUCUUCUUAUCUGCCUUUUAA